AUGCUGCUCUGGUCCUUGUGCCUUCCCCAAGCUCCAGCAUCCGGAGCCGCCCCAGCCGGCCCCGCCGCAGCCACAACCCGGGAGAGAGAAAGGAAAAAGGGAGGGGGGCUGGAAGGGCUCGGCGGCGGCGGAGGCGAGGUGGGGAGGGAAGGAGCGGAGGGGGAGGGAGUCUGUCUCCUCUGCGGUGCCUCCGCCUCGCCUCUCUCCGGCGGGCGGGGACUCCGGGUUCCCCCUCGCACCCUCUCGCGGCUGCUCACCUCCUUCUCCGCCCACCUCCCCCGCGGGAGGGGGAGGCGGCGGUGGGUGUGUGCGCGUGCGAAGGACGCCACCUCUCCCAGGCUCCUGCGUUCGCAGGCGGCGGCGGGCGGCGGGGCUUCUCGCUCGGGCAGCGGCGGCGGCGGCGGCGGCGGCGGCGGCGGCUUCCGGAGUCCCGCUGCGAAGAUGCUCAAAGUCACGGUGCCCUCCUGCUCUGCCUCGUCCUGCUCUUCGGUCACCGCCAGCGCGGCCCCGGGGGCCGGGAGCCUGGUCCCGGAUUACUGGAUCGACGGCUCCAACAGAGAUGCUCUGAGCGAUUUCUUCGAGGUGGAGUCGGAGCUGGGACGGGGUGCUACAUCCAUUGUGUACAGAUGCAAACAGAAGGGGACCCAGAAGCCUUAUGCUCUCAAAGUGUUAAAGAAAACAGUGGACAAAAAAAUCGUAAGAACUGAGAUAGGAGUCCUUCUUCGCCUCUCACAUCCAAACAUUAUAAAACUUAAAGAGAUAUUUGAAACCCCUACAGAAAUCAGUCUGGUCCUAGAGCUCGUCACAGGAGGAGAACUGUUUGAUAGGAUUGUGGAAAAGGGGUAUUACAGUGAGCGAGACGCUGCUGAUGCUGUUAAGCAAAUCUUGGAGGCAGUCGCU